GAUGAUUAGCAAGCAGGCCUGUUUCUGCAGAGCAGCUUUUGGUCAGGGUUCCCUUUUCAACGCUUUUAAACUGUUUCUUUCCUUUUGAAGGAAACAGUUCUCUUUCUACACAUAUCCAUCUUUGGAGCUAUUUUUACAUACAUAUGGAUGCUGGGAGAAAUGGGCAAUCUGUGCGGUUUUGUCAGAGGCGGAGACAAUCGCAGAGUGUUGCGUGAACGGGAGUCAUGAAGACGAGUUAUGCUCCACCUUUCUUUAAGCUGGUCAGGAGACACAUGACAACCUUCUGUCCCCGUUCAUCUCAGCUGACCCAUCAUCCGCUUCCCGCUCAGCUGGCAGCUUAAAUUACCACAACAAGCCGCAAUGUCCUGCCACAAACACAACUUCCAGUGCUUCAGUGCUGAAGGAGAAGGCUCCCACCAGCAUCACACCACCCACCUACCCAGGAUCCCCCACCAUGGCAUGGCAGCCCAUCACAACCUGUUCGAGGGAUGCUUCCUUUGCUCAGAGUAUGAACAUGCCCAGGCCCUGGAGGCUGCAGAGACCCACUUGUUGCCUUUCUACCACCCAUCAUCUCACCGUCAUCCUCACCAGUGCGCUCUCAGGGAGCUGAGAAGGCCGGAAGAGACUCACUCGUGCAACGAAUGCCAUCGUCAUCAUCACCGCUUCAACAAGAAGGUGGUGCUGGUGAAAAACAGCGAGCCUUCGUGCAGGAAAACCAUCGUACUGCGCCGCAGGGGUCUGCACAGCUUCGCUCUGUUUUUAGAGGAAGUUUCGGAGCUCAUGCAUUAUCACGUCAGGAAACUGUACACUCAAGACGGCCACAAGAUUGACAGUGUUCAGAGUCUUCUGCAGUGCCCAGGUGUUCUCGUCUGUGUUGGACGGGAACCUUCUCACCCGUCAGUCAUUGAGAACUUUCAGAAAACAUUCAGCAACAAGCUCCCAAAGCUGAGCGCCAAGUUACGCUCCUCUGGACACACCGAUGAAAGACUCUCUAUAAAGACGAAUGGCGACCCUCCAAAUCUGGAUCCCGAUAGCAGAGCCACCAAGCAGUCGUCAUCUGAAAAGUCCAGACCAGAUGGAACCGACUCUCCGGACGCUGUUGGUUCCGGCCCACCCACUGGCAACAGCGUGCAAGAAGACGACAUUGAGAAGCUGGUCCGCGUUAAUAAAGACGGCAGUUUGACAAUGGAGAUGAAAGUACGCUUCAGACUACAAAAUGACCAAACCCUGCAGUGGUCCACGAAAGUAAGAAAGACCACAGGCGGGACCAGUGACCACAUCCAAGGACACAAUAACCCAUGUUUUGCACAAGUUUGUGAUGUAAGCUGUUCAGAAUCUGAAAACAUUUCUGCUGACGAGGCUUGUUUCACUCAGCGCCAUCAGGGACACACAGAGGAGCUUCGCUGUGCUCACCUCGGCAGUCAGGAUCACGACGACUGUAAAAAUGUACCAAGGGCGCACACCGCAAGCCGCUGCAUUCUGACCUCAAGCUCCAGUGCAUCCUCACUCACAGUGGUGUCUAGAAAAACUGUUGUCGAAAGACAGACUGUGUCUAGAUCGAGUGGAGAACUCACAGAGGGCAUAGUAGAGAAAGAGACUUGUGUAACGCAGAGAACUGAGGCAGCAGAGACGAUGGAGCUUUGCACUGUCCGGAGUGAGACUUGCUCACCAAAGUCCAAACUAAAUAACAUGGAGACUGCUGGUUCACGUGACCGCACAGAUGUUGAGCUUGACGUCAAAACUGCUCAGGAACCAGAACAAGAGGAGUCUGUGAGUUGCACUUCUCAGAUAUUAGGUGAUGAGGAAAAUCAGAAUGAUGACAGCAAGGAUACGGUUUCUCUGAAUAGCAGCCCUGAAACAAAAGAGGCUGCUGUAGGUAGAAUGUUGGAUACAGGGUCACCCAUUCCACAUCCACCAACUGGCUCCAAAGAUAAAAUAUCAAACACUUCAAGACACUCAAGAAAAUUGAAAACCUCCAAACCCUCCCAUGCCUGUUACUGUGGUGUGUCUCCAGAUCCUCUGGAUGAAACAAAGGGGCAAAUCAAAGCUGAAUCAGAAGGUGACAUAGAAAGAGAUCAGGCCAGUUCCAUGUCUGUCAAAUCAAACAGAUCUAACAAAUCUGAGAAAACAAAGAACACUGAGUGCAAAGAAGAUGAGAGGGAAUCCAAAAGUGUCAUGUCAGUUCAUUCAAAUGCCUCGACAAAAUGCAGUUCUGACAUUUCAAAAGAUGCACCUGAACAAACACAAACAGGCAAUAAUAAAGAAACACAAGAGAGGCAAUCUUGCAGCGUGGCUGUGAAACCUAUGAGGUCCAAUGCAACAGCUGAAAAAAUCAACUCAGAGGAGGAUGAAGAAGCGGAAAGAGCCUUAAGUGCUGUGUCGUCAAAAUCCAAAGCCUCUGUAAGAUCAAAAGGGUCAAGAAGAUCUUGCGCUGCAAGCGAAAACAAAACCGAGGACGAUUUUGAGUCGAGGACACCGAGCGUGAUGUCCGCUUUGUCGAACGUGUCUGCUGAAUUAAAACAAAUAUCAUGUGAGACAUCUGAAGAGGAAAGCAGUCAGCACUCGGUGGAAGUGGAAGAAAAUGAGAAUGAAUCUGAAGCGAGAGCACAGAGUGCAAAAUCAGAAAAAUCAAACAGGUCUAGAAAGUCGAGAUCUGAGGUUACAGUUACAGAAAGUGCUCACAUUUCAGACAAUGUAAGUAAUGGAGGAGAGAGUGAACAGAGCACUUUGUCAGUCAUGUCGGUCAGGUCUGACAAGUCGAACAUGUUAAGUUACAAUGAUGGAGUUGAGGAAACACCAGACACUUCCAAAAUGUGUGAAGGAGAUGAUCAACAGAAAACUAAUAAUAGAUCAAGCUGCAUGUCAGAUAAAUCUGUCAAAUCAAACAUAUCAGUUAGAUCAAGUCAGUCAAAAUGUGACAAAUCAGAUAAAGAAUCAAAUGAUGAGGAGAGAGGACCUAGUGUAAUGUCAGUGAAGUCAAACCUGUCAGUCAAAUCAACAUUUUCAAAUGCUUCAGCAAAAUCCAAUCCAUUAAAGCAAAGUGACAAUUCUGUUGAACGUCUCACCGAACAGAGUGAAGGAGCCCUGAGCAACACAUCAACUGUUUCUGAUGAAACCUUCAUGUCAAAUACUUGUGGGAAAUGUGUUUCCACUGACGUCCACAAUGAUGCUUCAGAGGAAACUGUUCCUGAAGGAGAGACUGGGAGAUCAGUGAGCUCAGUGUCUGAACUGUCAGAUAAGUCAACUGUCUCAACAAGGUCAAACCGUUCUGCUCCUAAACCUGCUGCCGAAAGGACCGAGAUCCUGUGUGCAGAAAACGAGGAAGUGAAAAAUGAAAACAGAGCAACGAGCAGGACAUCAGUGGAAUCACAUUCAGAUAGAGCAUCAAGUGCUCUCUCAGCUAAAUCAGCAAAAUCAUGUAAAUCUACCAAAUCAAAUGCUUCAAAAGUUUGUUCAAAAACGAAUUCUGAUGAACGAAACGAUGAUGAGAAAAUUCAAGAAAGAGUUCAUAGCGCCAUGUCAGCAAAAACAAUUGAAUCCACUAAUUCUGCAAGAUCUACCAGGUCAAAAGGCUCCACUGUUGCUCUACAGGAGACAAACUCUAAGAAAGACACAGAGCAAGCUGAGGAAAGACCACCAAGCAGCACAUCUGCCAGGACAAUGCACUCACAUGUUUCUGCAGACCGACCACAGAGUGCUUCCUCAGUUAAGUCGAGUGCUUCAACACGAUCUGUUAAAACAAACAUGGCUGAUGUUCAGAUUCUCACAACUGCUCAAACACCAGGUGAAACUCAGGGGAGACCUCAGAGCGGGUUAUCAGACAAACCUGUACAGUCUGAAAAAUGUGAAGAUCCAGCUGAUGAAAACAGAUCUAACCACGAGGAACAUGUGGAGAGAGUUCCAAGUAAUAUGUCCAGGAGAUCAAAAGAAUCAACAAAGACAAAUGUUUCUCAAGCAUCUAAGAGAUCAAAGGUUGUUGCCGUUUGUUUGGAGGAUGAGCUCGGCACACCUGGUGGAGAGAGUGAAGACAAUAAUUUGAGACCAACGUCCUCCCAAUCAGUUGAUUCAAAUAUUUCAGUAAGAACAAAUAAAUCAAAUUCUGCAACUAAUGCUUCAUUUGAAGAUGACUCAAAGGCUACUAAUGAAGAGAAUGAUAAAGACCACGAAGAAAGACCACCAAGCAGCCUGUCAACUAAAUCUGUCCAGUCUUCUGUUUCAGAAAUAUCCAUCAAAUCUGCCGAGAAAACACAAAGUGCUUUAUCAACGAAAUCAGCAAAGUCACGUGCUUCAGUAAAAUCAGUCAAAUCGAGUGUUUCUGAAGCCUGUUCAGGUCAAAAUCCUGCAGAAGAAACACACGAGAGAGCACAGAGUGCACUUUCAGCCAAAACUGUUGAGUCAAAAAGUUCUGUCAAAUCAAAAAAAUCCGAAAAACUGGAUGAUCCAACAGAGAAAAACCUAACUGGUGAAGAAGAUCACAUAGAACGAGCUUCAAGUAAUUUGUCAGUCAGAUCCGAAAUGUCAACUGUGUCGAAUGUUUCUUCAGUGUCUGAAAGGAAAAAACGUUCUGAAGUUUGCUUGGAGGGUGGGGUAAACAGUCAAGAGAAAAAAACAGCUGAAGAAGAGAUAGAAGAGAGGCUAAUGUCACCCCAGUCAGUGGUGUCAAAUAGGUCAACCAAAUCAGUUCAAUCAACUGUGUCGGAAAUUUCUGUAAAGUCUGCAGAGAGAGCUUCAAGUGUUAAGUCUUCAGCCGUUUCAGUGAAAACAAAUGUUUCUGAUAUGCAGUCUGGAAAACCUGCUGCUCUUCCUGAUGAGGCAGACAGUGAGAAUGAAACAAGGACACGCAGUGUUGUGUCUGUAAAAUCUACCAACUCUGGGAUUUCAGGUAAAUCUACUCAGACAGCAGGACCGAAUGAUGAGAACCGUACUGUCAGGUCUCCAAGCAGUCUAUCAGCUGAAUCAGAGACAUCACCUAAGUCAAACGUUUCUACAGCUUCUGAAGGAGUUCCUGUGGAGGACGCUUUUAACAACUCUGAUGUAAGAACUGUUGAAGAGAGGGAAGUAAGUUUAGCGUCACCUCAGACAGACAGAUCACCAUGUCCCGCUAAAGAAGGCUCCGAGAUUACUGAUGACAGAAAUAACACAAGGCAAAGUGAGAACAGCACACCUAGCAGCAUGUCAGCUAAAUCUGUCCAAUCUCAUGUUUCCGAGGGAUCAUCAAAGUCUGCAGACCGACCACAGAGUGCUAAAUCAGCAAAGUCACAAACUUCAGCUAGAUCAGUCAAAACAGAUGUUUCAGCUCAGUCUAGAUCAACCUCCAACAUUCCUGAGAUGGACGAUGAUGCAAACAAAGUGCGAGAAAGAACCAACAGUGCACUAUCAGCCAAAACAACAAAGUCUACUACUUCUACAGCAUCUACUAAGUUAAAAGCAAAUGAAGACAUCUGUGGUGAUGAGGAACAUGAAGACAAAAGUCCAAGCAAUAUGUCUUCUAGAUCAGCAAAGUCGACAGUUUCUACAUUGUCCCAGAAAUCCAAAGUUUCUGGUGUUCCCUGUGAGCCCUGUGCUGAAAAUUACAAUGAAGAAAAAACUGAAGAAGAUAUUGAAAAUGAAUCAGUGAGCUCAAUGUCAAUAUAUUCAGUCAAGACAAAUAUUUCUUCAAGAUCGAAUAGGUCAAAAAAUUCGAUCAAUUUUGCAGCUGAAGAGAACCUCACCAGAACAAAGUCAAAUGCUUCGACUCAGAUUCUUUCUUCAACUAACACUCCAGAGGGGGGAAAUGAUGACAGAGGCAUUCAGAGCCGACCAGAGAGUGCUGUGUCUGCAAAGUCAAGAAAAUCUGCAAAAUCUAAAAGGUCCAAAGUUUCUGCUACUCCAACAGAAGAAAGUGCAUUAGAGUUUGAUCACGAAGAAAGACCUGAGAGCACUCAAACGAUCAAGUCAAAUAUGUCAGCUAAAUCAAAGGACUCCAAAUGCCCAAACGCUGCAGCCGACAAGGGCUGCAAUGAAGAAACAGCAGAGGACAGAGCUGCAAGCUGCACAUCAUUUAAAACAAGUUUGUCUGACGCAUCUGAUAGAUCCUCUAAAUCUCACACUUGUGCUGCUGAAGAUGUGAGCGAGCAAAUGAAAACUUCAGAGAGAGCGCCAAGUACCUUGUCAGCUAAAUCAGCAAAAUCACUGUCAGCUAAAUCUUCACACUCAGCUAAAUCUGUGAAAUCAACUGGACCAAAAGGCAACUUGCCUGCUGAAGUAGAGAGAGAAGAAAGUCUUGUGUCAGAUAGGUCUGAAAAUGAAACCCAACCACAGACACCAACAAAUACAGUUUCAAAAGUUCAUGAACCACAUCCUGAAGAAUUAUCAAGCCAAGAGAAAACACCAAGUGUCACAUCAGUACAAUCAAGUAUUUCAGAAAUAUCUAAGAAAUCGAAAGUGCUUGAUGUUCCAGCUGAAGAAAUAACUACUUAUAUGGAGGAAAGAACAAUUAGUCCCGUGUCAGCAAUAUCUAAUCUAUCUGAUGUGCCUGCUGUGACAGUAGAAGAGAGUGAAGAUAGAUCACCUACGACCACGUCAACCAAGUCCAAGGCUUCAGCACAUUCAAAGAAGUCAAAGACAUCUGAGAUUCAGGGAAAGAAAGGCGAUGAAAAGUCACAAAGUUCUUUAAGUGUGCGCUCACAUCUGUCCGUUAAAACUAAAAAAUCCAAAAGGACAGACAUCUCCACAGCCAGCAUUGCAUCCAAAGGUGCGAGGAAAGUUGUGAGCAAUGAGAAUGCAAACAGUUUGCAUAAGAAAGGCAAAGAAAAUACAUCUGAUAAAGAAAGUUUGAACACAAACAAGUCAAGAGGAAAAAGUACAGAAGAAACAAGAACAGAGGUUGCUGUUGAAAACUCCACAGCCUCCCAAAGUGCACAGAAAGCGAAAGUAAUUUGUCACGCAGAGUCAAGUGAAAGUGACUUGUCACAAACUGUGUCCAGUUCAGACAUAAUCAAAGAGAUUUGUGGGACUUCUGCUCCUGAAGAGUCAAAUGUUUCAAAGAGGAUAGCAAACGGUCAGCUGGAAGCUGAAGACAAUGAAGGAAGUGUCACCAAUAAAAGUGACAAAAGCUGUAAAAUAAGUCAAAAGAACAAAGAUGCUGAUGACUUUGAGCUGGUCACUUCCAUCCUGCCUAAUUCCUCCCCUACUGAGGUGGUAAACGAAUGGCUUAAAGGAUUACCUGAAGAGGGAGACAUAUACAACUUAGAGGAACUUAAUGAAGACUGUGAUGAACUAAAAAGUCACGCUGAAGCAGAAGAAGUUGAUAGAGCAGAGGAUAGUGAGAUUAUAGAGACUGAGACAGAAAAUAAAAUAAAAGGUGACGAAAACAUGAUGAAUGUUGUCCAUAGCAAUGAGUGCCAAACAAGUGCAGAGGCAACACAUGAAGAUAGUUCCAGCACUCAGAGGGAAGCUGGUUCAAAAAUGAUCAACUCAUCCAUACAAGUUAUGAAAGUGCUUUUAAAUCCUAAACUUGAUAGAUGCAACAGUUUACCAGAAAUCUCUCCAGUUUAUGGACGUAAGCUAAGUACCUCAGCUAAAGGCCUUUUGGAUUGUCUUGUGAAACUACAGUUGAUAGACCAUGACCCUAAAAAUGCAAAUGAAAAGGAUAAAAGGUACCAAGAGCUUAUGGGAAUCCUCCAGUCACUUUGGCUUUCCGAACCCCCAGUGAUUGAACACGUGCAAAACAAAAAUGAACACCGCUCUGUGGAUGAAGAGUAUAACCACACAUCAUCCUCUGGUGUGGACGUCAACAGUGGCUCCACAGGUUCUGGGAAGAGCAGUGAUGGAGUGAAAAGCAGUAAUGAUUUGAAUGGUUUGCAAGCACGAGACGAAACAAAGAUUCAAUGGCAAUCGGAAAGAGGAGAAGAAAAACAAGAGCACGAAGACCCAGGAACGGACGAAACCAUCAGAAGCAAUGACAGUCCAAGAGAACCACCUGAAACGCCAUCGUCCUCAGACAAAACAUCAGCAGAUUCCAGCAGUAAUGGUCAAAAACGUCCAGAAGAUGAAUCAGAAAGUCAAGAAGACACCAACUCUCAAAGCCCCACCUUCAGCCAAAAACUAGACCAAAUACAGUCUCAAGAUCUUGAUCCUGUUUGGGUGCUAACUUUACUAACUAAAAUAGAAAACCAGUUCAUGACUCAUUAUACCAAUGCAAUGCAAGAGUUCAAAGUUCGACUGAAUUUGGAAGACAGGGAUCAGCUUGACGUGAUAAUAAACCAACAUAAAACAGAGAUUCAGAGAAGAAUCCAAACGAGCAUCGACAGAGAGGUGAGGAGGAUUCAAAUCCAAGCGGGUUUACCGAGACCACCCAAAGAAGCGGCGUCUGGAGUUUCACCAAUGAAAUCAGAGGAGAGACGACAGAGGAGGAAGAUCCGGCUGCAACAGUCCAUGGAUUCACAGGCAGAAAAAAGUGACGACUCUGCAGCAGGGACGUCUUACAGCGACCAACGCAAUGACAACAUUGAAGAAGGCUGUCCAUGUGAAACAUGCAUAAAGGAGGAGAUGACUCCAAAUCUGGAUCUUGCAGCAAUAGUUAGAAGUACAGCUCCCAUUGUCAUGGACAGUAGUUUCAAAAAAGACCUGCUGAAGAAAACAAAUAGUUCUGCUUGUGCACAACCACCUAAAAGUGAAAGUGCACCAAAUCUUGUGGAUAAUGAUAGUCUAGAUGACGAAAUUGACAAAACAGAGGAUGAGAGGACAGAAAGUGAAAGCGCUGUCACAACCACAGCUGAAGAAAAGACAUCAGAUGACACAGUAAAGAAAAAACUGAUGCCAGCAUUAUGGAUAAUUCCUUGGAGGAAAGGAAUGACACAAUCAGUGAUGCAUUCUGAAAAAGAUGACACAGCUAUUAAUGACAAAAAGGUAAAAGAAGCAGCAGAAGAAGCCGAAAACAAGAACGAAAUAGCUGCAGAAAGGCAAACUGAUGGUGAAUCUGAAGAGGGGGAAGCUGAAGUUACCACAGCUGAAGAUAAAGACGCUGCAGCGGAGGUUGAUGUGGCAACAACUGAAUGUAAAUCCAGUGUAGAAGAGAACGAAGGAACAAAUGAUGACAUCUCAAGUGAAGAGAAUAUCCUGGAAACAACAUCUCAUGCAACCACAGCAGAAGACGAAGAAGUGGUGGUAGUCGCCGGUGAGCCUGCAUCUGAGACAGACAAGGUUGUAGAGCGGACUGCAGUGACAGAUCUGGAAUCUGACACUGCAGCUGAGGAGAAGACUGGCAGUGAAAAUGGCAUAGUAGAUGAUAUAGAUGCCACUCGACCUAAAGACGAGAAGGAUGCCACAAGUCACAACCUAUCAAGUGAGUUAGCCGAAGAACCAACUGAAGAUGAAUUUGUAGUAGAGGAGACAUCUGAAAAAGAAAAGAUUUUUGAAGAAAGUGAAGAAGAAGCAACUUGUCCCAGUGGAAAAGACUCCACCAGUGUUGACGACUCAUCAGAAACACCAGAUGAAAUGACAACAGCCAGAGAGAACGCUGUAGAGAACCAGACCGUGGUCUCAGAAGAGGAUGAAUCAAAGAAUGAAAUGGCCAAAGAUGAAGAUGCUUCUGUAGCAUCCAGCACUGUUCGCGAAUCUGAUGAUGAGGAAGCUGUGGAAGUGGGAAACUCUGAUGCAGGAGAAGAAACUGGUACGGCCAGCGAAAACUCUGCUGAAGAACGUUCUUCAGAAGACGAGACUGAAGCACCAGAGACCUCUGUAGCAGCUGCAAGUGAGCAUGAAUCUGAGGAAGAUGCAUCAAAGUCUGAAGAAGUCACAAAUGUAGAAAAGCUUCCCGAUACUAAAACUAUUGAUUCAGACACAGCUGAUGAAUCGUCAGAAGAGUCAAGCGAAGAAGCAACGACUAACGAUGACAUGGCUGUGGAUGAUGAGACUGCCGUCUCACAGGAAGGUGAAUCAAAGGAUGAAGAUGGAAUCUCAGAUGAGACAGAGAAAGAAGAAGCAACGGAUGGUGAUGAAGAAACCAGUGAAGCUGAUUCUGCAGAGGGUAGAAAGUCCACGACGAAUGAGGAGGAUGUCGUGACUAGUGCACUGUCUGAGCAGGCUGAAAAUGACCCUGAAGAUAAGCAGGCUGUAGAAGAAGAAACCACAAUGGAAGACGAACAUGCAGAAGUAACCACUUUGACAACCACGAGUCAGCACGAAUCAGAGGACAAGUCUGCCGACGAAGAACUGGCUAACUUCGAAGAUAAACCGGCUAUAGCAAAAAAACCUGAUCUAGAUGUUAUCAGUGAAAAUGAAAACGAAGAAGAGGGAACUGACGCAGAGACAACUGAAGGUGAAUCUGGCAAAGACGUAUCGGAGGAAGAUGAGAAAGCAGAAGACAAAGAGAUUAUGAGGAAGAUGAGAGAAAAAGCCAGCAUUGAAACCACUGAGGCUGUGGAGGAAGAAACAGAUGAAGAAAAACAAGAUAUCUGUGACGGAACUGAUACGUUGGUUAAAAACGACUCAGGAGAAGAGGAUUCAGAACGGAAGACUGGAGGUGAGACCGUACAAGAAGCUACAGAUGAAAAUGAAAGUGAAGUAGCUGAAGAUGAGAAAGAAUCGUCAGAAAAAAACACAGAAGACUUACAGGAAGAAGAAGAGGAACAAAGUGAAGAAGCAUCUAAAAGUGAGGAAGCAGAAGAGGGUGAAACACCCGGAGAGGAAUCUGAUGAUGAAAGUGAAUCAAAAGAAAGUGAGACUGAAGAUCAGGAAACAAAGGAGUCAAAAGAACCAGAAGAAGACAACAAGAUUACAAAAAGUGGCGAUGAAAAAGAAUUUGAAGCAGAGGCUGAAAAGGAAGAAACCGAAGUUAAAUUUGGAAGAGAAGAAUCAACAGUUAAAGCAGACGACGAUGUGGAUGCUGUGAGGAAAUUUGCAAUGGACCAAAUCAAACAUAAGGGCGAUGAGUGUCAGAAAAACAGAAGCCUCAACGAUGACGAGGAAAACGCGGAAGAAUCUGAAAAGGAGGACGAGGAGAUGCUCAACGAAGACUGGAGUGGAAACCAGGGAGCUUCAGCCGAUGGAGGAGAUGAAGCAGAGGAAGAUUCAGAUCAGACUGAAGAAGAAGAAGAAGAAACUGAACGUGGACAGCAGCCUUUUAUCAUAAGCAAAGCAGACGUUUCGGAUGAAUUAACCAAAUUAGCUAAAGAAACCAUGUUAAUGCCACUGGAUGGGUUGAAGAAACAGAGAGAUGAAUCAGAGGACGGAGCUUACGCUGAUGUAGAAGAUUCAGAGACUGAAAUAAAUAGCCAAGAAGAAGAUAUAAGCCUUGAGUCAAAGGGUUUGAAAAAGAGUUGACUAUAAAUCUGACAAAGAAGGAAGAGAAAAGAGGCGUAUAAAGUACUUGAAAAAAAUAACCAAGUAAAGUAAAAAUACCUUAACCUAAAACGACUUUGGUAAAAAUAUAUUUG